ACAGACAUGAGUUCAUAGUUUGCAGCAAUAUCCCAAGGACAGCAUUAUUCAGAGAAGAGGCCAAGUCGGCCAUGACUAAUUCAUUUAUUUACUGCUCCACAUUUUCUUUGCUAGACGAUGACAUGAAGCCAACAGGGAAUUUUGAACGUCUGUCUGCUACCUGAUUGCUGAAAACUGGGUUAUGUAGCAAACAGUUACUCAGACCGCCCAAGUCACUCUGCCAAACAAUGCUUAGUAAGGGAUACUGUAAUGUUGUAAACUGACCAAGUCAUAGAGCUGACCCUAAUUCAGAGAAACUGCAAAAGCAAACAGCACAUUUCAGGAAACUCACCAACAUGAAUUGGUUCAUGCUGUUCUGUUGGGAGGAAUGUGCUGCAUUCCUCCAAGAUAAUAUGGAGGAAUUAUCGAUACAGUGUGCUGUCCUGUUUUCAGAUCAUUGCAUUAAAUGUAUAAAUGUGUCAAUUUCAAAAUUAAUCAACACCAAUGAGCAUUUCUACAAAUAUCUGUUCAAGACAGAUAUAAAAAUGUGUAAACAGUGAUUUUGAUGGGAUUAAUCUUUUCAUGCAUAUGUCUCAUUACAGUGGACAGCUAUCUAAAAGCCAUUUUCUUGUGCUUCUUGUGGAUUUUUACAUUAUAAAUGCAGACAAACACUCUUGAUCUGUUUUCUAUUUAUGCUGGAUUAAACAUAAUCUGAAGCCCUUUGUUUCUUGUGUCUAAUGAACGUGCUUGGUAAGCUCACAUAGGUAUGUUUUGGCACACGUUGAGCUCUUGUGAGGAGAAAAGCAGGCGUUUCUUUUUUUUUUUUUUGGCUGAGAGCAAAGUCCUGUUUGUUGAUCUCCACUAUAUAAAGCCAGAUCUCAUCUCGAUCAGCAGCAGCAGCAGCAGCCCCAAACAGAAAGAUGCUGAACAUCAGUGAGCUCUCUCUGAGGUCCCCUCAUUUCAGGGCGUCCGACCGUCUCCUGCAGCCCUUCUGGGACCAUCUCCUUCUUCACCACCUGUCUCUCGUCUCGUCUCCCUUUUUGCCCGUCAUCCUCGCCUUCUCCAGCUACUUUUGCUUUAGUUUGCCUUUUGCUGUGUUGGACCUCUUGGGGAAAAGGGUCCCUUUGUUCCACAAGUAUAAGAUCCAGCAAGACAGGAGGCCAACGCURGKAAUGAUGGCCAAGAGCUUCAUGACAUCUCUCUAUAACCACAUAUUUUUUGUUCUACCGGCUGUCAUAAUCGGCAUGUUCAUACUGCCAACACCAACCCUGCCGCGAGAUGCUCCUACGUUAUACCAGUUGUUCUCCGAAGGACUGGCUAUACUGCUCCUCUUUGACACCCAGUACUUCAUCUGGCACUUUGUGCACCACAAGAACCUGCAGCUGUACCGCUGGGUGCAUGCAGUCCACCAUGAGUACAUGGCUCCAUUCUCCUGGUCCACGGAGCAGCUCAGCAUUCCAGAACUGAUGACCGUGGGCUUCUGGAGCAACCUGGACCCGAUUCUUUUGAGGUGUCACCCACUGAGCACAUGGUGCAUAACAGUUCUGAGCAUCUGGAUGUCCGUGGAGGACCACAUAGGCUACGACCUGCCCUGGACCCUGAACCACCUGGUGCCCUUCGGUCUGCUGGGGGGCGCCCCGGCCCACGACUUGCACCACCAGAAGCCCAGCAGCAACUACGCUCCCUUCUUCAGCCACUGGGACCGGAUCUUCGGCACUGCYGUGUCUCUGAAGAAGAAAAACGUUGAUUAACACAAAACAAUAGUCAACACAAUUCUGUAAAUAAUGCCUCUUUUAUAAAUAUGUUGUCUUGUUAAAUCUCUUUAUUUUGCUGCUGCACUUCUUGCAUUAUUAGCAUUUUUAAAAAUGCAUURAACUUGUACAAAUAUUUAAAUGUGUUUCAGCUUUUGUUCAAUAAACAUCUAUUUAUAAAGCAGA